CAUUUCUGAUACGUGGUCGUCGGCUCAGAGGCGGCUCCCUGUUCUCUAACAGAUGAUUUGCUAUAAUCACAGCUGCCUUUAAGCGAUACUUCAUUCGACACACGAAGGAAAAUACUCCUGAAUACGAAAACGGAGAAUGUUAACCAUGUGUGGAGGCUAUGUUGAAGCGCCCUGGCAGCGAGAGGUGUUGGGAUACGUCCAUCAUAUCCCCAAUCCCACCGGCAGGAAUACUCCUAUUUAAAGGUUUCCUCAUACCGCCGAUAAAAGCGGUGUUCCAGCUGUCCACAUUUACACUGAAAUCGAUUAAAAUCGUUUGCUCGUGCAUCCCGGAUAAUGAAGCAACUGCACACACAACCCCCAAGAACUGACCAAUGAAAAGAGUCUUCGCCGAGCGCGCAGAAACACGCCACAUUCAGAUUAAACUCCAGAUUAUUUUCGCUCUAUCGCGCGCCACAAUGGACACAGACGUGACCUGUAGCCCCCGUGCAGCGGAACGUACCGGAUACAUCACGCGAGUCCAGGGUUUCAGCGCGUGCCACCGACUCCAUAGCAAAUCAUUAAGUGAUGAAGAAAAUAAGAGGAUAUUUGGAAAAUGCAACAAUCCCAAUGGCCAUGGCCACAACUACAAAGUUGAAGUGACUGUACGAGGGAAAAUUGACCACAACACGGGGAUGGUGAUGAAUCUCACUGAUUUAAAACAGCAUAUAGAGGAGGCCAUUAUGAAACCACUCGACCACAAAAACCUGGACCUGGAUGUCCCGUACUUUGCGCAUGUUGUCAGUACGACUGAAAACCUGGCCGUGUACAUCUGGGACAGCAUGGCCAAGCGCCUUCCUGCUUGCAUGCUUUAUGAGAUCAAGGUGUACGAGACGGACAAGAACAUCGUUGUGUACAGAGGGGAGUGACCCAGCUCACUCAGCUGAUCUCUGGCUGCAGAUUGCACGUCGGUGGGGAGGAGUUAUAAAUCUCAGCGCUCCCAGAUUUCAUUAGAUUAGAAAACGGGCAUCGCCUGCCUUGGUCUACAUGUAUUGGAUUAAUGUAAUGCACUGAGAAACAGGCUCAGCUGUUGAUCGUGUGAACCUGAUACUAUUAUGGAUCUUACGGUUAACAGAAAAAUCUUUUACCAAAUUAAGUGUUUUCUUUAUUGCACCCUGUUUAAAUUUCUCCGAUUCUGUGUCUCUUCAUCUGUGCUAAAGACCUUCUGUGUUGUAGGAAAGGCUCAUAAAACCACAAACAUUGCAGUGUAAUUCCAAAACGCUUUGUAUUUGUACGUAGAGUACACAGAUUUAUAUUUAGUUCAUAACGGGGAAAGGCUUCCAAAUGUUUGUUUUUUUUCAUCUUUUGGGGCUUUUCCAUUAAAUAUAUAUUUUUAAACUAGUGAUGCAUAUUCGUCCUGUAACAAUUCGUCGUUCUCUAACAAAACGAAUGUUAUAUUCAAUUUUUAGCAAGUAAACUUUCUAUUAUUAUUAUUAUUAUUAUUAUUAUUACGACGAAUUAUGUUUUUUUCAAGUUUUUUCCCUCAUCUUGAGUUUGGACGUUGUGGAU